AUGCUAAGGCGUGACCCAACUGUCCUUUCACUAACAGCAGACGAUAUAUCUGAACUUCAAGAACACUUAGAAGAAUACAAACUUCAGCGAGAAAUAAAAGCACAACACCUGAAUCUAUUGCGAUCCUCCUCAAAUCCGAAUAAAGAUGCACAACUAAAAUCUUUAAACGAUAAUAAUUUCAUUCCAAGGGAAAGCAUGCUAUACUCCCUCCAUAAAAUGACACCAUCACGCCAAAAUAAACCGACAAUGCCACUAGAUCGCGGCUUUGAUCAGGCUCCUGACGAUUCAAACGCCCAGGAAUCAGCAAACCCAUUCUAUGCAUCUAAUUCAAAUAAUGAUUGA